AUGUCAGACAUCAGCGUUAAUUCCACCUUUAGAAAAACCUUGGUUGAGUUAUGCGAAACUGCAACAUGGAUAACAUCACAAGUGUAUGCGGCCAAAAAUUUGGAAAAGGACGAUCUGAUCAUAGUAGAUAAUAAAAUAAGCGCAUUGUAUCCAAUUGCAGAAAAAUACGAUAGAUCAUUCAGAACCACUACAGUUAUUUUAGAUGAGGAACUUAUCCUGAAAUUGGAAAAUGCGGCAUCGAGUCUAUGGAAUUCCUUGACCAUUGCCAUGAAAGCUGAAAAAGCGUCGGAGAAAUACUUUAAUGAAGUCUUUUGCAAAUGUAAAAUCUUUGCAACCAAGCUUCUCUCUAUCCAUGAGGCUUUGUUUCGGACAAAUAGCAACCUCCUAAGAAACUUUAAAUGUUAUAUCAGUUCUUUCAAAAGCGCUAGUGAACAUCGUAUUGGAGAUCUAAUAGCUAACACACAGCAACAUACAGAAAAAUACUUACAGGUAAUCAAUGAGCAUGUAGAAAAAUUUUCUAACGAAGAGAAAACUGAGUUCAAAAAACUGACAUUCGAGUUUUAUUUAGUAAACUUCCAAUUAUGUCUUUCGGAAAAUGACCUGGAUACAGCCAAAAUUUACACUUCAAAAGUAAACAUCACUGAUAACUCUAAAUACAUGGACGCAGAUUUGCUCAUUGAAUUAUGCAGAAUGAUCUAUAACUCCACAAUUAUGUUGAAAGAAAGUAAUAAUCCUGAAACUCAGCUAAUAGAUGUAAAUAUAAUCUCUUUCUUAAAGGAUGUGGAAAGAUAUUUGGAGCUCCCUGUGGAGAAUUUGAAAUCACAUACUGAUUAUAGUAAUUUGAGGUACUCAGUUUUGAUUUUUAUGUCAAAUUGUCUAGUUGAAGGAUACCCACAAGCUUUUGAACUCGAACAAUGUGAUCACUAUUUGAGUCUUUUACAAAAUGAAUAUCCAAGCAAAGCGGACCCUUUUAUACUGGCUAUUAAGUUGGUAAAACGGAAAGAUAUCCCAAAUCCGGCAGGCACCGUAGAGGAAAUUCUCAUGCGAAUGAUAAUGUCAGUAAAUGUUAUGUCAAAUUUUCAAGCUGUCAUGGCUUCCAUCAACGACCUAUCAAAAAUAGACACCAAAUUAUCUAUUGUGUGUCUCGAUUAUUUGUUAAUCAAUAAGCUGAAUUCUAAGAAUGACAGAAAGCUUUUAGAAAAGGCAAUUUGCUCCAGAUUUUUAAUUACAACACAAUCUAAAACAAUGAAUGAUUCCGAGGUAGCGGAAAGUUUAGAGGAUUUUUGCACUCAGAUGGAAAGAAUAGUUUCAGAACCCCUCACCAAACAUGCUAUCUCUUGCGUAAUAACUUUAUUAUGGAAUACUGGAAAAAAGUUAGAAAAGAUGGAAAAGUACGUUGUUAGUAUUAGAUUUUACAAAUUAGCACUUAAAGAUGUUAUUAGUCAAAAUUAUUCUGAUCGGGGGAAAAUCCAAAGGGCUCUACAAGUUGUCUAUAACAAAAUUGAAGAUUAUUCCAAUACCCUCAAAGUCUACCAGGAUAUGGAUGAAGGGGACAAACAAUCUCCCCUGUGUCAACUUUUGAUGCUGCAGCCUUAUCUAGCGAAUGAUAAAAUGGAGGAAGCACUUACAUGUCUUCAGAAGAUAAAGUCGUCCGAAGAUGAAAAGAGUACAGAUGCUCUUAUAGUAGCAGUGGCAGAAUGCAGACGGAAAACAGAUUUAUCGGUUCAAGGGCUCUUGAUGCUUUUUGAUAAAUUGCAGUCCAAAAGCAGUUCGCAAAACAUAUCAUCUACGUCGAGUUCACAGACACUAAGUGUCCUCAGAUAUACUUUACAGAUGAUUGUCAAAGUAUCAGAAGAGGAGUCUUUACAAACGUUCAUAAAUUACUUGCCGACAGUGGAGAGACUUUUAAAGAAGGCUCUCGAAUUUCUCAAAACUGUGAAAUUACUAAAUCAAUUGCCCCCAGACGUUGAGAAGGAGGUAAUAUAUCAGCAAUCAGUGGCUGUGAAUGAAAUCGAGUGGUUUGCCUCUUUUUCAUAUAAUGUCGCUGUAAAGUGCCUAGUUGAUCAGUCUUGUGAAUCCCUCUCCCUCUUCGAGUUUCCCCAGUAUUGCAUUCAAUUUAUUGAUCUUAUUCCUGUUCAAGAUUUCACUUUCCCAAAAAUGUAUCAUUUCACAUAUUGGAAGUUCAAAGCCACAAUCUUGCAGCUGAUAAUAGCCAAAGAGAAAGUAGAGCAAGACCAACACCAAAAAUAUCGGGACAUUUAUGAGAAGUCAGGAGAGUUAGUUAAUAACAUAAAUUUUAUGAAAAAAAGUUCAGAAUUUAAGGAUGGGUCAUCGUUAGAGGAUAGAAACACAUUGAAUGAAUGUUUUCUGGAGGCAUUGACUAUUCAUGUGGAAAGCGUCUUAAUGGUGCCUGACCAAACUAAGAUUAUAGAAAUAUUGAAGAAAACGGAGUUAUAUCAAGAUAGCCGCGUGGAUGCACUAUUGAUUGAUAUCUCCUCAAAUAUGGAAGAUUUACCGAAAGGUAUUCUCGUAGAGAUAAUUGAAACAGUAAUAAACAGAAACAUAGGCACCGAAGUAAAGGAACCGCAACUCUGUAACUGGCUGCGAAUGUUGCUGGAAAAUGCAAUUAAUCUUAACCACGAAGUCGAACUACACAUACUGGAGAGGGUUUUUAAAAUUCUAAAUAUUAAUCAUUUGAGUUUUCAGGACACAGAUUGUGCUCUCCAAACAGAGUUAGAAACUAUAGCCACUUACUGUUGGAACAUCGGCGUCAACUACAUAAUCAAAGACAACAAAAGCUACGGAAUUGUUUGGUGUAAACAUUCAAUGGGAUUCGCAAACAUGGUUAAUGAAGGCUUGCAGGAGCAAUUGUACUCUUUGUGGGAGUCUCUAGCAAGCUCAGCCAAUAUCGACAUCAAUAGUAUCGCUAAAUAA